CUUGUCGUGACUGGAUCAGAGAGGAGAGGCCGGCCAAAGGCUGUUCAGCCUGGUAAUCGCGAGUGGGUAACAGCUAUCGCUGCGAUCAACGCUGCUGGCUGGAUAAUCCCACCCUUCCUUAUCUUUGCUGGCCAAUAUCACCUAUCUGCCUGGUACGAGCAGGCAGAGAUCCCACGCGACUGGGUAAUUGCAGUCAGCGACAAUGGCUGGACGAAUAACGAGCUUGGAGUUGAGUGGCUAAAGCACUUUCACGCCCAUACUAAGACUCGUUGCGUAGGUGCACGUCGCCUGCUUAUCCUUGAUGGCCACGAGAGCCACCACUCUCUUGAAUUUCAAGAGCUCUGCAAGGAGAACAAUAUCUACACGCUCUGCAUGCCACCUCACUCAUCUCACCUGCUGCAGCCACUUGACGUUGGCUGCUUCUCGCCGUUGAAGCGCGCGUACAGCCGUGAGAUUGAGGCUCUGAUCCGCCACCACAUCAACCACAUCACCAAGCUUGAAUUUCUGCCA